AUGUCCAAACGUAAACUAAAUGUGUUGUCUUUAAGUGAUAAACUAAAAAUUGUGAGGGAUUUUGAAUCCGGGAAAUUACGUGAGCAAAUACUUUGCGAAUCUGGGUUAAGAGAAUCAGCCUACGUUGAUAUUAUAAAUAAGUGUCAGUGGUCAGAGGACCAGGGAAAUAUCAAGAGAAGGCGGCUCUCAAAGUUUUCUGACGUUGAAAAGUGUAUGUGCCACGACACAACUCUCAAUGUAUCAACGCUAGUCUCCAAAGACUUGGUGCAGAUUGGUGACGUCGUAACUACCGUCAGAAAAUACGCCAAAGACGAUAAUGUACAGAAAUGUAUGAUAUGGUGUGACGGAAUGAACAGUGGGAAUAAGCCCGCCCAAACAUUCAUCGUAUAUAAAGAAGUAGAGAAAGUACCAAGCAUUCAAGAAGCUUUAAAGGCGCUGGAGACGCUUCAAAAAUUUUAUGAAAAUUCAGCGUUUGAUCCAACCAUAAUCAAUAAAAUUAAUGAACUCGAAAAGCACACUCAAAGAUUACAAACAGAUUCGAAAAAGAAAUUAAUAGAGUUUCUCAAACCACAUGAUAAAAUGGAUACGACCGACGACGAGAUCAUUCCGAGAUUAUAUCAAACGCAGUUAGAAGAAAUUGCAGUUAAAAAGAAUACAAUAAUUUUCCUUCCAACUGGUUCCGGUAAAACUUACAUCGCGAUAAGUUUGAUAAAGAGGCUGAGAGAUACGUUGCAGAAGCCUUGGGGUUUUGGCGGGAAGAGAUGUUUUUUUCUUGUCAACAAUGUGCCGUUAGUGGCUCAACAGAAAAAAAUGAUAGAACAAGUAUGUCCUGUCAAUGGAGUGGCCGGUUUCAGUGGCGAAGAUAACGUCGACUAUUGGAAUAAAGAGAAAUGGGACAGUGAACUAUCCAAAUAUCAGGUGAUAGUAAUGACCUGCCAGAUCCUGAAUGACAUGCUGACUCAUCAAUACCUGCAGUUGAAAGACAUCAGUCUAUUGAUCUUCGACGAGUGUCACCACGGAGUAGAGGAUCAUCCUAUGAGACUCAUCAUGAAACAUUUCCUCAACUGCCCCAAAUACGAACAGCCCAGAGUUCUAGGUUUGACAGCGACUCUGCUGAAUAGUAACGUGAAGUUAAACAAAAUACAGGAAACUAUUCGAGACUUGGAGACCACCUUCCAAGCUUCUAUAGCCACGGCCGACGAUAUGGGAGAAAUUGCCAUGUAUUCAACGAAUCCCAAAGAGCAAUUGCUAUACUACCGCUGUCCCCCGGCGACGCCCGCGACUUCUGAAGCAGUGGCUUUAUUAAGAGAUAUUCAACUGUUAGUAAAGAGGUUUGAACUACCGAAUAAAGUUCAGAAACACGACAUAAAGUUGGCGCCAAAUCAACGAGACAUUAGCACAGAUCCUAAGAAGAUAAUAAAGGCCGUGUAUAACAUGAUUGAGUCCAUGAUAUCGACUAUUUGUGAUUUGGGAGCGUACGUUGGAGCCCUAGGGCUCCUAGCGAACAUCGUGGCUCUCGAGAGAAGGAAACGAUGGGCCUCAAGUCAGGUUGAGGAACUGUUGUACACUGUUACCAUAACAUCAGCGGUCGAAGCUCGCGCCGUCCUCUUGGAAUCAAUGAAACAUGAUAGCGGCUACGAAAAAAUUAUAAAACAUUCGUCAGAAAAAACUGUCCUACUAUUGAAUAUAUUGAAAGAAUACAAUCCACGGACGAACGUGAAACAAGUUUUGAAGGUGAAUCAAGAGAGGAAUGCAUUAUGUGGCUUGAUCCUCACUCAGCAGCGGUUCACUGCCAAGAUUUUAUACAACCUGUUGAAGGACGUGACCGAGGUUAAUGAAGAAGAGUUCGGCUUCUUGAAGCACGACUUCAUAUUAGGCUUCAAUAUAUCGCCGCUCAGCGCCACUAGGGAGCAGCACUAUAAUAAGAAGACCAGCGAACAGGCGAUGCUCAAAUUUAAGAACGGGGAGCUUAACUGUUUGAUAGCUACUAGCGUGGUGGAAGAAGGUUUGGAUGUUCCUCAAUGUACACUAGUGAUGAGAUACGACCCGCCCGUCGAAUACCGCUCAUACAUACAAAGCAAAGGUCGUGCGAGAAGCAAAAAAUCCAAUUUCGUGAUAUUAGUGGAUGCAGUGAUGAGGGAGAAAUUUGAUAGUCAGUACCGAGCCUUCCAGAGUGUCGAGUCAUACUUAAACAGGUUGCUGUAUGGUAGUGAGAGGAACACUCCAUCUGAUGCUGAGGUCAAAGAGAAAUUGUAUGAUGAUGAGUGUAUACCGGCCUACCACACAGAAAACGGAAAUUCGUUAUUCGCGACGUCUGCCAUAAGCCUGGUGAACCGAUACUGUUCAGUUCUGCCUCACGACCAGUAUACCACGAUCUUACCCAUGGUAAUUCAAGAGCCGGCGCUGGGGUCCAAGACUAUGAUCACCAUCAUCAUGCCCAUCGCCUGUCCCAUCAAAGAACCAAUUCAAGGCCUGCCCAUGCAUAAUAUUAAGAAUGCAAAGAGAUCAGCGGCUAUGAAUGUUUGCAUCAAGCUUCAUCAGGCCGGGGAAUUGGACUACUACACCUUGCUACCCAUACUGAAAGGGCAAAUAGACUUUUCUACUCCAGACGUCUCUGCGUGUUUCCCCAACUGGCGUGAAGAGACCGAAAUCUCAGAUGAAGGCCGACCGGGGACCAAGAAGAGAGUUAGGAAACAUCUUGUACAUUAUCCAAAAUGCCUUAACGGUCCGAAUACUAAAGACCAGAUAAGAAAAUGUUACCUGCAUGUGAUCAAGUUGGAAACAGCCUUCGAAGAGCCGAGCGACACCAGGGACAAAGCCUUGUAUAAUAUGCUGAGGAGGAAGGAGGGCUAUGGGUUCAUUACCUACGAUAGCCUGCCUGAAUUAUGCGAAUUCCCUAUGUUUCUUACAAUAGGGGAAGUAAGAACAACACUACAAGUUAACUACGCAGCCAUCUUACUUGAUAUUGAUCAUAUAGAAGUUAUCAAACAAUUCCAUUUCUUCAUAUACGAUCAAGUGUUGGAGAUCGCCAAAAAGUUCCUAGUGCACGACGGGCGGGUCAAUAACCUCUACACCGUGCCGCUGAAAUAUGACAACGGAUAUGAUAUAGACUGGAACGUGAUGCAGACAUACACACAGAUAGUGCCGUGCAACGAGCCUACCACACAGGAGCGCAUGUCAUUGAGAGUCACCAAAGAAAUGUACGAAAACUGUGUAGUAACGCCGUGGUACAGAGGCAGCCUACAUCCCGACAGGUACAUAGUGUCACGAGUCCUUGAGUACCUCACUCCCUACUCCAAGUUCGAGGAUAAUUCGUUCGAGACAUUCGCUGAUUACUACGGGAACAAAUACAACUUGGAGAUACUCGGCAGUAAGGAUCAGCCGCUGUUGGAGGUCCGUAAUAUAAGCAGUCGUAUGAACUGCCUGUUGCCCCGCGCCGCUACUAUCCGUGGUCUGAGCGACAAGCAGCGCCGCCUGGCGUCGCUCGCUCACGGCGACUCCAAGCCUCGAGAGUUCACUGAACUUUUCGUGCCAGAGUACUGUGUGCGCGCCGACUACCCCGCGCACCUGUGGUACAAGGCCAUCGUACUACCCAGCAUCGUGCAUAGAGUCACCAUGCUGCUAAUAGCUGAGGAGUUGCGAGUUCAGAUACUCAAAGAUACCAAGAAGAAUCACAGCACAUUGACUAAAGGUGAGAGUUGGCUCCCCAUAGAAGUGGAUUUGUUUGUUGUGAAGAAGUCCUUGUUGUCCAAUUUAGACGAACCCGCGCCUAUAAACAGUGUUGACAGAAUAAAUAAUCCCAUAGACGAAACAGCUCAAAAGCCACCCAACAUUGUGUCCCUGAAACAGAGUGUGUACCAACUACAGAAGAAAAAGGUUUCCAAGAACUAUCCUUGGGAAGAGAGUAUAGAGCCGAUAGAUAUCGAGCGUAAUCUGUCCCGAGUGACCGUCAUGGAUAUAGAGUGUUACGACUCGUUCGUGACGGCGCCGCUCGCUUCCAAACGAGAGCCCACCACUCUAGUUAAAACUUCACCCAAACUGAAGACGCCCCUCUCAGCUGCUAUACUACCGCCGCCACUACGAUACAAGGAUACUAUAUCGGUCCUAUCCACCCCGCCCUCCCCGCUGGGUCCGCAGCCCCGCGCGAUCCUCAGCUCGCUCACUCUCAUCAAAUCAAACGACACAGUCAACCUGGAGCGCGCGGAGACUUUGGGAGACUCAUUCCUCAAGUUCGCAGCUAGUUUAUACCUGUUCCACAAGUUCCCCAACAUGGAUGAAGGACAACUCACCAAUCUUAAGGGACGACUCAUUGGAAACAGAAAUCUGUAUUACGCGGGUGAGCGUGUAGGCUUGGCUGGUCGUAUGAAGGUUGAACAGUUCAGUCCUCGGAGCGACUUCCUGGUGCCAGGGUUCCUCGCGCCGAGGGAGCUCAUCUCAUUCAUCAUGACACGGAAGGACUGA